AAGCGCGUUUUCUCCGCUCACUACCUAUGCAAAUAUUCCGUUAUGUUUACGAUCUAAUAUCCACUUACAACUUGUAAUAACAUUUUCUGUCGUAAAUUUUUCGAUCAUAUAUGCUCGUAUUUUUAAAUAUUUCAAAAUACUUGAAAUAUACACAUUUACAGUUUGAUAUUCAGGAAUAUGUGAGAUUCUUUCGUCAAAUAAUAUUUAUUUAAAAAAAAAAAAAAAAUUCAAAAUUUAAAACCAAAUUCAAAAUUUAAAUUUGCUAAAGCAAAAUGCACGUUUUAUGCAAAUUGUUAAAAACAUUAUUGCCCACUGCUAGGCAGUGGUCGCUGAAAUGGAAUUUUUCCUGGAAUGGAAAGCAUACUAUGAUUGAGGGUUCUUGGAAGCCACCGCCUUUAUGCGAAGGCAGAAAAAUUGAAAUGCCACCAAGUGGAUGUUUACCGUGUUCACCCACUUGCGCUGGCCCAGGUGCUUGCCCAGUUCAUAGAGGUAAUGAAUGCAAACCGACUUCUAUUGAAGUUAAACAAAAACUAAGAUGUUGCGUCGAUGAAGGCUUGGACCGUGAAGGUCCCUGUAAAGUGAGAAAGGCGAAAAAGAGAAAAAUUGAAAAAAAACCGUUCAAGUCAAUGUGGGCAACAUUGCCUGGUUAUAAGCCUAGUUGUGAGAUAACUCCACGUACGGACGAGACUCUUUAUCAUGCUUCCGAUAAGAAUAAACGGAAAUACCAGCAAACAUGGCUGCCAUGUCCAAUCAAAAAGAGAAAACAAAAACUUUGCUGUUUCGAAUGUGACGAGGAGUUACCGAAAUCAACAAAAAAGGCUCCAGUAAGUAGCGCUUGCGAACAAAGUGCAGAAAAAUUAAAAAUCGACUAUACCCUACUGCAGCAGUGCAUGAAAAAAUCAAUGAGUGACCUGAAACAAGAGAAAAUGAAACCAUGCCGCCCCAAAAUUAAAAUGCCAUGCUGUCCACCAGCCCGAAAAAAUAAUAAAUGCCAAGUAUUUCGUGCACCUUCGGGCUGCAAGAAAGAAUGCACUCCCUAUCCGUCCUAUUCAGAAUGCAUAAAACCCCCCCCAAGGAAGUUACAUCCAAUUGAAUGCCGCUGUCUCGAAACGCCAAUGGUGUGCGAAUCGUAUGAAUUUUUGAAAAUUAAAGAAAAAUUCAAUCUGCCACCACCAGUGCCAGCUUGGCCACCGGCAAGACCUAAAUAACUAUUAGAAUUUGAUCAUCUUCAUCAUUAUCAUUGUCGUCAUGAUCAUCCUAAUCAUCUUCAUAUGCAUUUUGUU